GGAACGCUUACUGCCUAUAUGCGUAUUUCAUAUUUUGGUGUAUGCGCUCUUGUUGUGAAUUGCGGAUUAAAAGCAAGUAGACAUUACAAAAUCCAGAAUGGAAAAGAAUGAAGAGGCUAAAAAGAAUGUUAAGGUGGAAUAAAAGGACCAAACUGCAUGCUGGCGCUAUUUGGAAUGUCGUUGCAGAUUUUAUUUUUAUUUUUUUCCAUUUCUUGAGCUCUCCUAUAUGGGAGCCAGCAUCUCUGCUUUUUAAUGCACAUUUUCCUGGCAUCUGUUAUUCUGGAAACUUCAUCUAAGGACAACAUUGCAAAAAAGUCACUCCAGACUUAAACUCAAAUUAUUUUAGUAAAACAGAACAGUAUUUUAAAACAGUAUAAGAUAAUAUAUAAAUCUUCUUCAUAUUCAUAAUUAGUCAGCAUGAGCACUGGAAAUUCUGAGUUGGCUAGACUUGGGAAGGCUAAUGGAAAGAACCUGGACUUUCUGUAACGGCAAACUUGCACACUUCUGUUUUAACUCUGGAUUGUUGAAUUUUGACUUUGAUUGCUGUUUUAUUCAAUUGUGGAAUAUGGUUGUUUGAAUACAGACAGACUAAAUAAAAUCUUAAAGAGGCUGUAGACUGUCCCGGAAGGAAAUGGAGAGUAAGCCUAUCAAUUCAUUUUUGGACAAAUUAACAAACCUUUUUACUCACCAUGAAAAGCAUGAACUCCAAACACUGACUGAGGAAAGUCAAAAUGUGAAUUCUUUUCAUUCUUUGACUGAGAAAGGAGAUGUUAAUGAUAAAAAAAAUAGUGUUCAAAGGCAGGAUGGUUUCAGUGAUCAAGUGGAUGCUUUUGAUAUAAUUAAGACUUCACAAACAGAUGAUGAGGAAGACAGAACAAAGGGCCAUGUCAACAGAUCAGAGCAUCAGAAUGUUAAUGAAAUUAAUGAAAUAGAUUUUUCUUCAGAAAAGGAAGAAGUGAAUUUGGACCUGAAUGUUGACUGCCAGACAGAUAAGUACAAUAAAACAUCAGCAGCAUGCCAGACUGACCAGGAUGUAACAGAUGGUCAAGCUGACACACAAUCUAAAUCACUUAGCGAGUUCUCAGCCUGUGACAGUGCUAACAGACUGGACAAACAACUUGAUAACCCAGCACUCUGUACAGUGGAUAUUACUGUUUUCAGAAAAGGAUCUUUAGACAAUGAUCGGCAGUUGGUUUCAAAAAGCAAUGAUAAGGAUAUGAGCAAAAACAGACUCAAUCAGGACAUAUCUGGAGAUGUUAUGGAAUCAGGUAUCAGCAAUGAGAAGCUGUUUGAUGUUGUGCAGAAUGAGAGAGAAGAAGACCACAUUGAACAAACCAGCAGCAGCAGCAAAGAAACAAUGAAGAUUGUCAGAGAGAAUGCCGCGGAAGAACCAUUGAAAGACAGAGUCUGUCAGGAUGUCCUCACAUACGUGAUUCAAAGUACAAAUAUUCCAUCUGACAGAAAUUAUCUGACUGAUUUUCUAAUAACAGAGUCUUUGAAUUCAUCCACAAAUAACAAUAAUUACUUGUCAGUGCAAAUUCAGCAGGAAGUAUCUGCUGUUGAGAGCAAAAUAGAGCCUAAUGGAAAUCUUCAAAACUCUGCAGAUGUUCCAGAGGUAACCAAAGCUGGUGUAAAUGAACACACUCUGACUAACCACAAUCAGGCAUCCACAAGCAUGGACUUUCAGAGCACUUUAACAUAUUGUGAAGUUGAAGAUCUUUCUGCAGAAUCAUAUGUUGAUACUGAAAAGAUGCAACCGAGAGAUGAGACUGCAGAUGGUCAAGCUACAUGCAAUGGAAGCAGCACAGAAUCAGACAGCAAUUUUGCAGAAGUCCAUUCAUCUAACACAUGCCAGAAGAACCAAAUGUGGUGUAAAUGA